UAUACCAAAAGGAACAAAUGGAAACAAGGUAUCAAAUUAAGGUGCCCGUGGGGUUAUAUUUGGUAUUGUCCUGCAGGGUUAUAAUCUACAGAUAUCUUUUCUUUCAAUUAUCAGACUGUCGGCUGCAGAUAGAUCACAUUUAUUUUGAUUUUGCAUACAUCGAACUUGUCUAAAUACAUAUAAGCAAGCAACAUCUUUCCUCCUCUUUAUUUUAUUUUAUUUUAUUUUAUUUUUCAUUCUUUAUACAUCUUUACCUCUCCAUCUCUUGUUCUUUAUCUCUCUCUCUCUCUCUCUCUCUCUUUAUCUUGUAAAAAAUUAAAACUUAAAAAUACAAUGAAUCAGUAUCAAUCCCAGCAACCUCCCGCUCCACCACAGGCAUAUUAUGGGGCAUCACAAGGAGGAUAUUAUCAACCACCACCACCACCACCAACCACAGUCUACAUACAACCCCCUCCACAGAAAGAGAAUGGCGGCUGCAUGGGAUUUAUCGUAGCUUGUAUGGCAUGCUGUGCUCUUGAGCAACUUUGUUGCUGUUGUGCCGGGGAGAUUUGUGAAGCAUGUUGCUGUUAAAAUAUCGAAAUAAAUUUUUUCUUUUCUUUACC